UUAUUUAUUAUUUUUUCCUCUAUGGCAGAGCAGCUUCGUUUUUAACAACAAAAAGAUAUGAAUAUGUUGUUAAUUUACUGAAAAUACCAUUCGAAUUACAACUAAUUUCAACAUAAUAUGUGGUUGAAUGAAUAAUGUGUAAAAUUCUGUCCACGAAUGAUAUAAGACUACAUUUUUACUAUGUCGGAACACAGUGAUAUCGAUGCGAACAACCUGUGUAUUACUGAAGAUGUAUUUGAAAAGUUUCAAGCAGAGUCCAUGUAUGAAGAAGAAGAAUUAAUAACGCUCUCAGAUAUCUUACCAUCCAACGGUACGUCAGCUUCCACCGCAGCUGAUGAUGCUAAUGAUUUUCUGACUGACGAAAAUGUUACAUUGAAUGUUCUUCAAACUGUAAACAACAGUCCCAAUAUUUCGUCUGAGAACGUGCAGCAUUCCGAAAUUACAACCGGGUUUGUUGAAGAGACUAUUGAACAUGAGGAGUUGUUGGAGACAUCUCACUUAAAUAUAUCUGAAAACAUUGAAGUGCAUACGGAAGAAAAACAACCAAAAAGAAGAGGAAGGAAAAAAAAGAAAACUGUUCAAGAAACUGCGUUAGUCAAUGUAUCUGCGCAGGAAAUUGAACAGUUACCACCCAAAAGACGAGGGAGGAGAAAGAAUGGCAACAAUGACAUUUCCAUUGAAGAACAGAUGCAAUUAAUUCAUGAAGAUAAUCCGCAUACUUCAAAGAAUGAAACAAUUCAAGAAAACUUAGAAAUGGAAAACCAAUACAUGCCACAAAUUCCUAAAAGGAGAGGUCGGAAAAAAAAAAUAGUUCAAGAAUCAAAAAUUGAUACUAGCCUUGAGGAUAAUGGCGGUGUCAUAAGUAAGACCAAUGAACAGUUAGACACAGAUAUUGAGAAUUGUCAAGAUAUUGGACAGAAUAAUAAACGAAGAGGUAGGAAAAAGAAAACUGAACAAAAUUAUGACACUGAUGCCAGUCUUAAAAAUAGUAAUAUUAACAGCAGUGAUGAUAAUGUUGAGUUUAUUGAAAACAUUGAUAUGAGUGAUGAUUUACCCAUAUCACAAAUAAAAAACGAAGAAUUAAACAUAACUCAUAAUGUUAAUGAAUCCCUACAUAAUGAAAGCAUAGGGUUGCCAAAAAGUAGGGCACGUAGGGGUUUUAAUACAACAUUAACAGAAAGUUAUGUAAAAAAAAAUAAUACACCAUCAGGCAAAAGAAGGGGAAGGCCUAAAAAACAAGCACAGUCUCAAGUUGAAACUGAAAUAUCAGAACUCAAAAACAAUAUUGAUUCUCAAAUUCGUAAUGAUGAAUCCAAAGUUGAAGAACCAUCAAGCACAGUUGACAAAAGUGGUCCCUUUCUUCAAAAUCCUAAAGAAUCUUCUAUGGUAAAUGAAAUAGGUAAUUGUGAUGAUGUAGAUGAUAUAUCAUUAAGUAUUAUUAAAAAGGGCCUUAUUUUGCAUGACAGUGAUGAUAUCCCUACAAGUUCAAAAGAGGAUGUCAUAACUAGCACUAUAGAAAUAGAGUUUGAAGGAGUGGAAGAAGUUGGUCAAGAAGAAAAGAUUACUAAAAGGAAUUCUAAAACACCAAAGUUACCUGACUUUGAGUAUAAUCUUGACAAUAUAACUAACGAAAAUGUUGACAAAAUAAAAGAUACUACUUUGAAUGAAGGUGAAGCUGAAGAAUCAUUGUUAGUAGAAGACACAAGUAAAAGGCCAAAAAGAAGAAAAAUUAAACAAAACUUUCAUUACCAAGAAGAUUCUGAUGAAGAUCCAUUUGCCAAUAUUGAACUCUCAGAUGAUGAGCCAAAAAGAGGUAAAAGAGGUGCAAGAUAUUAUUCCGAUGAUGAAUAUAUUCCUGGAAAGAAACAAGGUAAGGUUGAAUCUUCAAAUAGUUCAAUAAGCUCUGAUAUGGAUAUAGAAGACCUUGAGCUUCAAGGAAUAAAAAAACAGAAAAGAAAACGCUUGUCUAAGAAGCUUGAUUCACCAAGAAAAAAAGGUAAGAAAACUGAAAUAUCUGCAACAGGAUGUGUAUUAGAUGUUACUACUGUUCCUCCUGUGUCAAUAAAUAAUUCCGAUGACAUUGAGGUUUGCCUGGAGUCAUCUGUUAUAAAAAAUCCCCAAGUAGAUGACAAUACUGACAAGGUGACCUGGGGUAACACAAAUGAAUUCGAGAAUUUUAUUGCACAGAAAAUACAAGGUACUGAUUUGAAAAUAAAGAAAGUAUCUUCAGCUGCAUCUAGUACAUCAAUAGCACCACUUGAUAUUCCAACUCUUGAUUCAACCAAGAAACUAGUAGAGAAAUCCACUCAAACAUUAACAACCAAAAAGAAUGCACAGGGUGUGCAAACAUCACCACCUUAUGACAUUCCCAUGAAAGAAAAUGUUGCUCUUACAAAAGAGCAAUCAGAAAAAGCAUGUGAAUUUCUCAACAGUAUUGUUAAGACUACUUCCGAGUUAGGAGUUUUGAUGACAGAAAAAUCUGAAGACUUCAUGAAAAAAAAGAUUCAUACAGAUCAUGUGACAGAUACUUUCAAAAUGGACUACUGUGUACGGAAGUCAUUCUUGCUCUUUAAAUUAGCUAAACAUAAUUUGGUGCAAAUGGAAGAAGAUUUAGCUAAACAAUAUAAUGAGUUCCUAAUUAAUAAUGAUUUAAACACUUGUAGAGAUAGUGUUAAAACAUUGGCUUCAACAUCUAAACAAAAAACUGAUGAUAAUGACAGUGAUUGCGAAAUUGUUGAGGUGAAACCUAUAGCAGGAGUCUCAAAGGCAAAAAACAAAAGUGAAAAGUCUAAAUUGAACCCCAAAACUGUAUUUUUGAAUAAAGAACUCUCUAUCAAAAUUACAAAGAAGCCUAGUGAAGACAAAAAACUCAAUAUAAAAGGGAGGCAUACAGUGUGGAUUAAUGAUUCUGUGAUUUUAAAAAAAGUGACCCCAAAUCAGUCUUUUUUAGCCCAGGACAGCCGAAAUAAAAAACCACCUGAUAGUAAUAUAAUAGAAAGCAUUGUUUAUAAUUUUUUUAGGGAUUAUAAAAGACAGCAAGCAUUGUUUGUGUGUGCUCCCUUUAUAUCAACUAAUUGGAUGACUGUCAAAAAGAGGUAUGCAUGUAAUUAUUUUGUAGGAAGCCCUGAGAUUCCUACAGGCAGUGAACAUUUUGUAAAUAAUUCAAGUUCAGAAAGUGUAUCUGACAUAAAUAAAACAAUUUGUGAAGCCAAGUGUGAUUCCCUAGCAAGUUUGUCAUCUCCAAAGUCCUUAUUUUCACUUUGUACUUCAACUAUACAAAGGCACACAUCUUUAAGGAAAUGCAAUGUAAAAAAACAGCCACUGACUUUAUUUGAAAUAUGUUUACAAACAUUGAAUAAAGACACAAAACAUGCUAUGCAUUCUGAAAUUGUCAAUGUAACAAAUGCUUUGCCACUUAAGACUAUUUGCUACAAAAAAGUUAUGGAUUUAUUAAGAAAGAAUAAAAAUCAAAAUAAUUCAACUUGCUUCAUAUCAGUUGAAGAAAAGAUAGAUGAAAUUAAUCAAAUUGUACCAAAGAUAAGUAAUAAUAAAAACCAGUGUAGUAAUAAAAUAAAAAAAGGUCAACAUCUCAAAAAAUUAUUUACUCUUUGUGUACAAUAUAUGCAGGCUGUUAUAGAAAAAUCAUUUCAGAAUGAACUUCUUAUAAGAAAAGAAUAUAGUGGGGAUCCCCAGGAACUAAACACUUUUAGUAAUACCUUCUCUCCAAAAGCCUGCAUUAACAAAUGCGCAUAUGCUAACAUACUGCUAUCCACCUUUAAUCCACAAUCUUUGAAAAAAAUUACAUACAAAAACAUCUUACAUUUAAUAUAUGAUUCUCUGGUUGUUAAAUGUGGUGAUGAUGAUACUCUUAGAUCUGUGCAUAAAGUAAAGACAUUGAAAACAAUAUGUCUUGAUGUAAUAAAAUUAAACAUGUAUGGUUUAAAUGUCACAGAAGAUAUGACUAUUAAUUCAGUAAAUACUUUGUCAGAAGAAGCCUUCCUUAACAUUGAAAAUACAUGUACAGUUGAAGGUGACCAGUACCAAUAUUUCGAUGACGAUACCAACUGUUAUGAAGACGAAUUUGAACCGGAAUACAAUCUAGAAGAAGAAGCAAACGACAAUAUCCUUCAGGAUAAUAGCUGGGUAAAACAAGUUCAAAUGAAAGAAUUGAAAUCUUGUCUUGUAUCAAGCAUGUCUAAUACUAAAGGUGAGAGUGUUAAUGAUGAACCUGUUGAACCGCCUGUUAAUGCACCACCAGACAUACCUUUCAUGGUAAAUAUUAAAAGUGAACCAUUAGAAGAAGAAUUAGUGGAAAAUAUGAAUGACCCAGUCAAUGUUAAGAUAGAACCUGUACAUUAUAAUGAGUUGACAAUGACGUUGGAAGCUGUAACUACGAAAACUGAACCAGAUAAUUCAAAUUCUGUAAUAAAUUCCAUCCAAAGGAGUGCAAGUUAUGAUGGUGAUGCUUUUGAAGAUUUUGUUUCUUCAAAUAAAAUGAUGCAAGCUAUACAAAAUGCUGAUCGUAGUGAAGAAAUAUUCAGUCAAAGCGCUUUAAGGGUUCGACGCCAGUUUGAUCCAGAUUCUGAUGAUGAAAAUGAUGCUGGUAUGAGCUUAUUAGUCCCUCAUACAUACGAACCAUUGCAAAUAACUGAGGCAAAAGAGACACUCAUGCAGAGCAGCUCAGACGAAGGUAAUAAAGAUGUUACUUCUAAAAGAAAAAUUGAUAGAAGGAAAAGAAGAACGAAAAAGGUUGAAGCAAAGGCCAAUAAUAAAGAGUUUAAUAAUAGUUCUAAAAACAAAGAAGCAAAUAAUGUUGUUGAAACAAAAAAUAAUAAAGAUGUUAAUGCCUCCAGAAAUAAAAAUGUCAAUAAUGAAGUUGCAGUUCUGACACGCAGGAUGAGAGAAAAGAUAAGGCAAGAAGAAAAAAAGGUACAGUCAUCAGAUUCUGAAAAUGACAUCAGAGAAACGAAAUCUAAGAGUGAUAGAAAAAAAGGUAAAGUUGAAGAAAUAAUAGAUAAUAGUAAAAAAUAUAAAAAGAAAUAUGAUGAAUCUGAUAUUCAGUGCAAUAAUGUAGAUUCAACUGAACAAGUUAACUGCGUAGGUGAUAAUGCUGAGAAUGCAAAAGAUUCUAUUCCAGAUGAAAUAUUCACUGGCUUCAGCGCUGUGGAUCAAAGUACAAUAACUACAUAUCAGAAAUAUUUAAAGAAUGUUUAUGAUAAAAUCUUGCCUAAAAUUGAUAGAGGUAAUAAAAGUGUUUCUGAAGAUUGCGAUCCUACUGGUAAAGAACAAUUUAUGAAUCCAGAUCAACCUGUAGAAUAUUUAGAAUGUGAGCCCACAUUACCAAUAUUUGAGAGAGAAAGUCGAAAGAGGUCUUCAAAAAGAAAUGUCAAAGCUAGUCCAAACAAAGUUGUAUCUGAAGAAGUUGUCCCAGACUCAAUUGUUCCUGAUAAAGUUAUUCCAGAAUCACAAGAAAGGACAUCUAAUGAAAAUAAUAAAAUUACUGAACCAAUACAAACUGUUGAUCGUCAUGGAUGGCAGUGUUAUCCAAUUGAUGUGAAUGAUAAAAAAUUGUAUGAGAAUUGUCAAAUUAUAUUAGACAAACUACCAGAGGCGUUUGUUGAAAUGUAUUUUCAGUAUCAAGAUAUCACAGUUCGAAACAAAGAGGAUGAAGAAGUCGAUAAGUUAAUCAAUUUGCAAUCACUGAAUAGGACAUCUAUAAAAGAGAUAAAAAGCCGAAGUAUAGCGAAAGAUAAGACUGAGCAGAUAGAGGGCUCCACUGUUGCCGGAAAUGAUUUGGAUGACACCCGGCCAGAGAGCCCUGGGUCUGACCACUAUCGAGAACUAACACCAUCAGAAGAUGAAGGCAGUGACCGUGAAGACGAGACCCUUGCGUCUACGGUAAAACCUGCAUCAGAAAACAACAUGGCCAAAAGUUCACUAAUGGACGACAAAAGUGACACCGAUACAGAGAAUGCUGAAGGAAGAAAGAAAAUUAAGGAAGAGCCUGUUGAUGAAGCGACAAAGAAGAAUGUAUCUAGUGGGGCUUCUAAGCGUAAGCCUGGACCGAAUUCAAACACUAAACCUGAUGAUAAGUUACAGCAGAAGCCUGGGGUGCAGGCGGAUUUGAUGUUGACGGCUGAUAAGGUGAUGAAUAAGGAGCUGACUUUGCUCCACGCGCCUAUCAAACUUGACGACAACGCGCCUAAAGUGUCCAUGAAAAAAACCUCUGGAAGGGGCAAAACUAGGAACUCGAGUAAAAAGGAAAUCCACUACCGCAUCAAGAACGAAGAUGAUUCAUCAUCGGAGGAAGAGAAGCAGUGGGUGACUACUAAAGAGAAACUCCUUAAGAGAUUGGAGAAAAAACAGGAGACCACUAUCGCGGACGAAGCGAAACGCACUAAGAUCGUGAGCGAAUACAUAGAGCGUCGUGCCGAGAACACCGAACCGAGGUUGCCACAGCGCCGGCGCGGGCGCCGAUCCAACAAGAAGUUCUUAGAGAGGCAGAAACAACUGAGGGUGUUGACGAAAGAGCUACUUGGCGAUGCGGCGGACAGCACUCACCACACGAAGCGAUACAACCAAGCGUUCUUCAAGGGUCGCCGGAACAUCAGAAAGGUGAUUGACAAGAAAUCUCUUGCGAGGAGUACCGUGAUGGCGAACAUGGAGGAGUUCGAGAGGAAACGGAGGCUGACCAUGAAGCAGGUGAAACUGCGGGAACAGCUAGGCUGCGAGGAAGGCGUAAACGUGCUCGUUAUCAACGACGAACUGUGCUUGGAGUACGACUUCGAGCAGCAGGUACCAGUGGUCGCUGUCCAUCCCUUCUUCACCAAGAUCAUGAAGGCUCACCAGUAUGAAGGCGUGAAAUUCAUGUGGGACGCGUGUUUCGAGAGUCUCUCUCAGCUGGCGGCCGGCCACCCGGGCGGGGGCUGCAUUCUGGCGCACUGCAUGGGACUCGGCAAGACUCUGCAAGUGUUAGCAUUGCUGCAUACGGUUCUUACCCACCCCGGCGUGGGAAUGCAGCGAGUCCUCGUGUGCUGCCCGCUGUCCACCGUCCUCAACUGGGUGGAUGAGAUUCACAAGUGGAUCGGACCGGUUACGGACCAAAUCAAGGUGUUUGAACUGUCAAAACUGAAGAAGACAUACGAGCGCGCGUACCAACUCGAAGACUGGUACAGCGGCGGCGGCAUCUUUAUAAUUGGCUACGAGUUGUUCCGCAGUCUGACCACUUUAGACCCCUACUUAGACGACGUGCGACCGACCAUCGUCAAGAAGAUCAGAACGGCCUUGCUGGACCCAGGACCUGAUAUCAUUGUCUGUGAUGAAGGUCACCUCCUGAAGAACGACUGCUCGGUGCUGGCGGUGGCCAUGAGCCGCGUGGCGACCAGGCGGCGGGUCGUGCUGACGGGCACCCCGAUGCAGAACAACCUGCGGGAGUACUACUGCAUGGUCAACUUUGUCAAGCCCGACCUGCUGGGCACCUACGCGGAGUACUCCAACAGAUUCGAAAAUCCAAUUAUGAACGGCCAGCAUCGCGAUUCAAGCGAAGAGGACAUAAAGCUAAUGAAGGCGCGCACACACAUAUUGCACAAAGUUCUUGAAGGUUGCCUCCAAAGACAAGAAGCUUCCGUACUGUACCCGUAUCUACCAAAAAAACAUGAAUACACAGUAUUUAUAUCGCUGACGAAGUGUCAGUGGGACAUGUACAAGUAUUACCUGACGCAUUACGCAAGUAAAGCGAAGAAUGGAGUUCUGAAAGACUUCCACAUAUUGCAAAAGGUGUGGUCACACCCUCAAGUUUUGCACCAUUUUCAGACAAAGGCUAGAGAUGUGAAUGUAAAUAAAGUUAAGGCUGAAAAGAUAGAAGACGACCUAGCCGAAGAGGACGCUGCCACGGAAGAUAUAAAGCCUAACGACACCGAUAUCUGGUGGCUGCAGUUCUUAGAAGGCGGCGCCAUGUUGGACAGCCUCGAGUCCUCAAACAAGUUCGUCGUGGUGUUCCGGAUACUGGACGAGUGCAUCAAGCUGGGGGACAAAGUAUUAAUAUUCUCAACGUCCCUGUUCACGAUGGACGCGCUAGAGUUCUUCCUUCGCAAGAUCAACAAGUGGUCUCUGGGACAGGAGUACUACAGGCUCGACGGCUCAGUGCCGCCUGAGGUCAGGCAGAAGUGGUGUCGCGAGUUCAAUGCCGAGCACAACCACAAGACCAAAUUAUUCCUGAUCUCAACCCGUGCCGGCUCCCUCGGGCUGAACAUGACUGCUGCCAACCGCGUCAUCAUUCUUGACACGUCGUGGAACCCCGCCCACGACAUCCAGAGCAUCUUCAGGGUAUACCGCUUCGGACAGAAGAAGGAUUGCUACAUUUAUAGACUGGUGGCUCUGGGCACAAUGGAACAGAAGAUAUACGAGCGUUCGGUAACGAAGCAAGCCGUGGCGUGCCGAGUCGUCGACGAACAGCAGAUCGACAGGCAUUACAACAUGCAGGAGCUUACAGAACUAUAUCGCUUCGACGAGUCGGGCGCGGGCGUGGCGGGCGGCGUGGCGUGCGGCGUGCGCGACGUGGCGCUGCUGCGCGUGGCGCGGCUGCGCGCGCUGCACGCCGUGCACGAGCACGACAGCCUGCUGCGCGGCUCCGAGCCCGCGCUGCCCGAGCACGAGCGCCAGGCCGCCUGGUCGCAGUUCCAGCAGGAGCACGAGAGCGGCCAACUAGAAAACAAUGAAAAAGUCAAGAAGAUAUCAGCAGUCAAGCGGACAUACAACAAAGCGGCAUCUUCCACCGCCGUCAAGGCCGAUCCGGGAGACGACGAUUCCCCUGACUUCAAACCAAAAGAGCCUAGAGCUAAACGGGGCCGGAAAACAGCGAACGUGGAACCGGAGGGAGAAUCUAUACUUCCGGAUCCGGAUACGGACCGGAUAAACACUCUAGAUCCUAAUACGGAGCAGUUUAUGGUUAAAAAGAUAACGGAAUUGCUUGUCAGACAUAACUUCUCGGCUAAGGACGCGCAAUCCGCCUUACCUCAACUAGUGAUGAAUGUGCGUCGUAUUGUGAUGACCGGGCAAGAUAUUGGGCGGUGUGAUGAGCUCACUGCUAGCAUUGCGAAGGUGCUUAUGCAAAGACAGAAAAACAUGUCCAUGCCGCUUGUCAACGGCAUCAUCGGCGAAUCUCUCAACCAGACAAUGCCUGAUGGCGAACGAAUUCCUACCAUAGACACUCCAGUCGAAACACCAAUGCCGCCUCUAGUCAAAAUACCGCCACGGCCAAGCCGCCCCAAGAACAAACCAGGGCCAAAAUGCAGGAAAGGAUACGUCUACGAAGAAAUACCGUCAACUUCGACAGCUAACGUACCACUGUUCGAUCGUUUACUACUGCCUGACGAUUAUGACGGAAGAACCAAAAGGAAAGCCGCUUUGGCAGCUGAGAAGUUGCUAGACACAGCGAUCGGAGACGGAGUUAUAGAUGUAGAUGAUGACGACGAUUACAACAGCGGUACAGAUUCAGCCCCCGAAGCUAAGGCCGAAGAUGCACGAGCAAACGACAAAGCACAAGCCGUUAAAGUAACAGAAGUUACCAAACCGGAUAAUCCCAAAACUGAAAGGAAACUAGAUAACACCAAAAAACCUGGACCGCGUAAGAGCAAACAGAAAGAGGCUGAUAGCGAAUUGGAAAUUUUGGAAGACGUGAUGGACACUAGUAUACUUUUGAGCGACGACGAAGAAAGGAUUCUGAGCAAAACGGCUGUAGAAUUGGAGCCUGAGGGGGAGGUUUCUGUGCAUCCGACGCUACUGAAGAACAGUAACUUCAUAAAGAUCGUGGCGCAUACGUAUUUGGCGGGGAAUCCGAUGUUGGAUGAAGACGCGGCGAUGCUGGCCGCUAGAUAUAGUACAUACAAGGCCGUGAAGGAGCUGGAGACUACGGGAAAGCCUAUUACUAGCGGCCCGAUAUAUGAUAUAGCUGUGCAGGUACUUGGCAAACCGAUUCUCAAGAAAUUGCACAACACGAAUCACAAAGUGGACACCGCCACCGACACGCAAUCUACUUUGCUCUUAGACUUAUUAGAAAACAUGGGCGACAGCGAUAAGUCUAAGUCAUUGGGAAACGACAAAGUAGAUAAAUCUGUAAAGGAAACGAAAAUGCCGAAUGAUAAAGAAGAGGAGAACGCGAAAGUUAAACGGAAAAGAGGGCGCGGACGUCCAAGAAAGGUAUUAUUGUCCGACUCAGACGACUCGGACACGCCCAUAAUAUCGGAACAACCGCCGCUCGAGGCUGCACCUGCGCAGAAACCGUCGUUUCAGUCGCAAAUAACGCCACAAAGCGCGCAGCGUGAAGUCACCACACCCGCCGCGCAACCGGCGCCUGCGCAGGGAGUUGUUCCGGUUGGACUGUUUAAAACGACUGUCUCUGUGGCGCUCCCGGGGGAACCCCAGACCGUGCGGCGAGAGGCCGAGGAGUGCAUCCUGCCCGAUGACGACAUCCACAUCGUGUCCGAUGACGCGCCGCAGCCAGUUCCCGUCACACAGAUAACGCCUCCGUCUAUGGUGCCACUGAGCAAACUAGUUGCCAAACCCAAUCCGCCCGCGCCCACUUCUCGCAACAGCCAACCUCUCUUAGUGAGAAUGGUGCGCUCCUCCAACAGCUCGCAAAUACUCGAAACCCCUUCCACCACGCAGCCAGCCAACACCGUGCACUUCAGAGUGACGGCCAACGACACACAACCCAUGACGCAAACGCCAAUGCUGGUGCCCGCUACCACUAGAGCUCCUAAACCCACCGAUACAACCAUCUGUCUUGACAGCGACGAUGAAGAUACCCCAAUUGUCCCAAUAAACCCGCAGCCUGUUAGCAUAGCAUCCAGCUCCCAUGCACCUAUGUUUCAACCAGUGGCGCCCAAACCCACGAUAGCCGGACAACCGGUCCAACUGAGAUUCUCAAAAGUCGAUCCAUCCAAAUUCGUCUUGACCGCCAAAAAACCGCAGCAGCCCACGGAAUCUUUUAAAGAUUCGAACGACUCGUCCGUACGGUAUAUAGUCAUCCCCAAAAAUCAAGUCGGCCAAAUGUACCCGCCGUUGGUGCCUCUCCAGCCCGAGCAAGUACCACUCAACCAUAGAGUCCGUUCUAAUUCCGACGGAACGUUUACAUUACACACCGCCAACUCUGUGACGACAUUGCCAAACAAAACAAUCCCUGAAAAUCAAGUCACUCAUAUUACAAAUAACUUAUCAAUGAAUGUUGCAUCCCAAUAUGCACAAGAUGCAAACAAACCUAGUCAAAGGGCGGCCCAGAAAAAAGGAAAAUCUACAUCCACCCCAACUCCAUGCCUGGCCAUAGAUAAAGGUAGAAUUGUCAACGAAAAUGAAAGUAUGGCCCGGCCAAUAAAAGUGGUGAAAUCCCGCAAAACGUUCAUAUUACGCAAAGUUAGUGGAGAGAAAUACAACUCGACAAAUGUCACCUCUAACGUAAUGUCUAAUCCAGUGAAAUCUACUUCGACGGCUCAGAAAGAAGUGAAGACGACCGUGCCAAGCCUGUCCAUAGAUUCGGGUAUAAUAUUAAAGCAAGGAGGAUCAACACCGGCGAAGUCAGCUGUUGAACGACAAACGAUGCCAGAUAAACCUGCCAAACGACAACGAGAUGUCUCCAGUAGCGAUAGUGAUUCCUCGCAAUCUGAUGUCAAUGACGACCCUCUUUCGAUACUAAAAGACGUCGUCCACAUCCAAGCGCAGUCGUACGAAGUGGAAACUCCGUCCAACACGACUAAUAAACGAGAAGACUCUAAGAAACCUGUUUCCAAUUCCGCCUCUAAAACUAAAACACCCUCCUCGGCUAAGACGUCAUCGUUAACGAACAAAACGCCAGGUGUUGCGAACGCCGCUCCGCCCAAACCUAUGAAUCAGCCUAAUAAGCUUUUUGAUGCCGUCGAUUUGACUUACAUUGAUGACGAAGUGGUUGUAACGUCACAUAAAACGCAACAUACAGCCACUAAAUCGAUAUCUAAAGCGACUAAAUCGCAACCAACACCGACUAAGCCGGCACCUACAGCGACUAAAUCGCAACCAACACCGAUAAAGCCGGCGCCUACAGCGACUAAACCACAACUUACAGCGACUAAAUCGCAAUUUACGUCGGCUAAGUCGACACCUAUAGCGACUAAAUCGCAGAUAGCGAACAAAACGCCGCAAAUCUCAUAUAAAAUAUCGCCAACAGCCAAGCAGACGUCGAUGGGAACGAGUAAGACAAACCAACCGACCAGGCAAUCUACUGUCAGUAAAGCACAGCCUAGUACUAGUAAAACGCAGCCGGCGGUCUCCAAAGCGAGCUGUUCUAGCCAAGCGGCUCCUAAGAAGCGCGCCGCCCCGGUGGAACCUGCUCCGGGCAAGAAGAAGAAGUCUGACCAACUUAUGACGUUGAAGGACUUCAACAUCGACGAUAUUGAUGACAUUAUCGAACUCGAUUAAACGCCACGCCUUCUAUCGAAAGAUAUCUUAUAUCUUUCUUAUUGUUAAAAAUCUUGAUUAGGUUCUAUAUCCCUGUACAGUCAACAACAUAUCAAGUUGCACGGAAUGACGCGGUAAUAGAAGCGAAUUUGCAGUGAAUUUGGGUAAGUUGAUAUGCUAUUGACUGUACUAAAUGAUAUACCAGGAUCUCAUAUAACGCGAGGUUUUUGUAAACACACUUUUGUUUUCUUGUGAUAAAAAUGACCAUUAACUUAAAUCGUCAUUGUGCUGUUAUUUCUCAUAUUGCGUGUGUGAAUUGCGCGAUUUUAUACAUAUUAUUUUAAGCAUAAAGAGUUGGGUGAACAUAUAAAUAUAUCUGAGUAAAAUUGUUAUAGAUAUCUAAAGUAAUUUGUAAUAAAUGGUAGAAGUUAUUGUAUGUAGAUGUGUCACUUCUGUUAUAUUAUAAGCCCGCGGCCACAGGGUGUGAGGCUUUUGUGUGAAAUGUUUUUAGGUUGGUACAAUUGUCGAAUUAGGUUUAAAACUGACAAUCUCAUGGCUGAUUCACCUCACACCCACUUGAAGCCGAGGCGUAAUUUAUCGUCUUAAGUGUAUGGUAAGUUUUAAAAAUCUCCUCAUUAAGUACAUGGUUAGAUAUGUUUUAUAAUUACGUUCCUGUCAUAUAUUCUUUUAUUUUGCACAGUAGUGUUGCAUAAUGAGAAAUUUAUUUUGAGUUACAAAUACGCUCGCGAUAAAGUAUUUGUGUUAUAUUUUAUUUACCUAAAAAUUGUGAUUAUAUCUUACGUAUGGUGAAAGUUUAGCCACCAUAACUGUUAAAUUUUGUUAAACAACAUAAUAUUACGAUAUGUACGAAAAUUAUUUUAUGUCGAUUUAGAUUGUAAGUUUAAAAUAAAUACGCUCCAUUUAA